CCCUCCAGUCUCCUGCCUCUGGGUGUCCCGGGAUGCAAGUGUGGAGUUCAGGGCUGUGGCUUCUUCUCUGCUCGGUGUGGGUUCUCCAGGUCCCGGGAGGUCGGUGCCUCUGUGCCCGGCGCGGACACCCCAAGUGCUGCCCGGGGAGGAAUAAUGCCUGCACCGGGGUCACCGCCACCGGGAGCACGUGCUACUGCGACUCGUACUGUCACCGGAGCGCCGACUGCUGCCAGGACUAUGCGGGGCAGUGCGGGGGCAGCGUUUCACACUGUAUAGUUGGGCCAUGGGGGCCAUGGAGUGAAUGCAACUCUCUUUGUGGAGUUGGAAGCAAAGAGCGUUCGCGGCAAGUAAAAGUGCCUCCUGGGAGUGGAGGAAACCCCUGUCCAGAUCUCAGGCAGCGCCGGGGCUGCUACGGAGAUGACGGCACCUGUCAUUCCUCCAAAGAGGUGGCCAAGAUAUUACCAGGCUCUUUUAAAAGGGAUUCCAGAGACCCUUGGAGAAGAUCCCACACCACAAUAUCUUUAAAGACUGCAAGUUAUUGUGUCUACUUCAGACUGAAACAUGUGGGACCUGCCUGUUGGCUGCAAAACUGGGGCAGACAGUUAACACGAGAACAAGUUGUUUGUGUAGAGUGCCAGCCUGAGGCUGUAGGUACUAGCGGCCGAUGCCAUGGGGAUGGUCAUGCUGGCGCAAGGUAAGAGGACAUUCUGGACCGCAGCCACCCUUCCAGGAUGCCAGGGCUCUUGGAUUCAAGAAGACCUCAGAGAAGACUGCGCAUGCCAGUUGCUCUCCUACCUUUUUGUGUGAUGAUGAGCAUUGCAUUUAUUGGAUGUAGGAUAGCAGUUACAUACAUUGCUGUCCCCACAAAGCCAAAUAGUUUACCUCUCAGAUAUCUACCUCUUCCACCUGAUUCUUGGUGGAACUUUUAUUUUAUUUUUUUUAAAGGAUACUACUACUCUGUAAUUUUUUGAGUACAUUUUACUUACUAAAGAUGACUAUGAUUUUGUCUACUCUCUGCAACUUUGCAUUUUUAGAUUUUAUUUAUAGACAGUGUGCAACAAAUGCUGCAUUUGUCCACCAAAGAAACCUCAUAUUUGCUGGCUUAUCACAAAUAUUUCAGUGUCAGUUUUAGGUGUUAAAGUUGAAAGGAAGAACAUUAUGAGUAGCAUUCUUACAGAAGGUAUAUCCAUAAAUGUAGUUAUAGCCAUAUAAUAUGUCCUAUAUUUGAAAGUGUUAUUCUAACUUAUCUAGAUAUCUUCCUCUUAAGUAGUAGAAAUUUAAAUUACCGCAUACUGGAACCAUGCACAUGCCUGCUGUAAAGCUCCAAGAGUAAAAUUGCCAUAAUGUUUUAGAAUUUAAGGGAUUUCCCCACCCUAAAUAAUCAGGGAUUAUCUGAAUAGGAUUGUCCAUUAAUUCCCAGAGCAGAUCUAGAUUCCCAGAAAAUAGCAAAGGGGACAUGGCUUUUUUUGUUCAAGACAUUUACAGCUAUCCAAGCAGCUGGACCCUUUUCACCAAAUGACAGAAAUAUAUACAACAGGCUUCAGUCAGCUGCAUGAUGGCAUACAUUAAUACCUGGUAAACAAAUCUGUACUUCAGCAUCUGAUGGAGCAUCAUUUUUCUAUUAAAGUGCUGCAGGUAAAUCAGAGGCCUGCAGCACUUGUAUUCUCUGGCCUAAAUAGAAAACACACACAAGCCAAGACAAUCGUGCACAUUAUGCCAGUCCCAUUAGCAAAAGGGCAGAAUCGGUACAAGUGCCUGAAGAUGGCAUCAGAACUGCAGUAAAGAGUAUACGUAUCAGUGUGCAGUACAUUUUUUUUUUAUGUUGAAGCGUACACCAUAGAUUGGCACAGGCUAUAGAAAAAAAACAAGCAAACCAAUGACCAAACCAGAACUACUGGUACUAUGUGGCAUAAUAGCCUGGAAUCACAGACAGCAAAACUCACACUGGCACAAUAUUACCCUUUGACCUGGGCCCCCCACUGGUAUAAUAAUAGCAUUUAGCCAGGAACACUGAUUGGCACUGACAACUUAGUGCCUUUAAUGUCAGCCAGGAAUCCCUUCUGGCACUGGUUUUAUUGCAUUAUAAGUUGGAUUAUGUUCCUUAGGGUUUUAUACCUUGAGCUUUGACAAUUUUAUUUAUGUCUGAAGGUUUUUUUUUUUAGAGAGCAAUCUGGAGAGCAGAAUAUUCUUUCUGUGCUGCUGCAAGGACAAUGUGGAAGGACAGUUAUUUUUCCCUUUUUUUCUUUUUAGCAUAGCAGAUUGUAAAGAUUUACUUACAUAUAACUUAGACCCCAUUAAAGCAGGCCCUAAGAUGCACCUGUAUUGUGCUUGGCAGUAAUCAACCUUAAAACGGGUUGACCCCCUCAAUUGUAAUCUAUAUAAUUAAAUAGUGCUUGCUCAGACAACAGUUUUAACCAAUACUUUCAAUUUUUUUCUAUUGCC